AUGCACGUAAAGCCCCUGGUGGUGAAGAAUAUUGUGUUAAGAAAUGGCACUGAGGUCUUUGACUCCUGGGAGAAGCCCCCUCUGCCUGUGUACACCCAGUUCUAUUUCUUCAAUGUCACCAAUCCAGAGGAGAUCCUCAGAGGGGAGACCCCUCGGCUGGAAGAAGUGGGUCCAUACACCUACAGGGAACUCAGAAACAAAGCAAAUGUUCAAUUUGGAGAUAACGGAACAACAAUAUCCGCUGUUAGCAACAAGGCCUAUGUUUUUGAACGAAACCAAUCUGUGGGAGACCCUAAAAUUGACUUAAUUAGAACAUUAAAUAUUCCUGUUUUGACCCUCAUAGAAUGGGUGCAGGUCCACUUCUUCAAGCAGAUCAUCGAGGCCUUGCUGAGAGCCUAUCAGCAGAAUCUCUUCAUGACUCACACAGUCGACGAGUUGCUCUGGGGCUACAAAGAUGAGAUCUUGUCCCUCAUCCAUAUUUUCAGACCUGACAUCUCUCCCUAUUUUGGCCUAUUCUAUGGGAAAAAUGGAACUAAUGAUGGAGACUAUGUUUUUCUAACUGGAGAAGACAAUUACCUUGACUUUACAAAGAUUGUUGAAUGGAAUGGAAAAACGUCACUUGAGUGGUGGGCCACAGACAGGUGCAACAUGAUUAAUGGAACAGAUGGAGAUUCUUUUCAUCCAUUAAUAACCAAAGAUGAAGUCCUUUAUAUCUUCCCAUCUGAUUUUUGCAGGUCAGUGUAUAUAACUUUCAGUGGCUUUGAGAGUGUACAGGGACUGCCUGCUUUCCGGUAUAAGGUGCCUGCAGAAAUAUUAGCCAAUACCUCAGACAAUGCCGGCUUCUGCCUCCCUGAAGGAAACUGCCUGGGCUCAGGAGUUUUGAAUGUUAGCAUCUGCAAGAAUGGUGCACCCAUUAUUAUGUCUUUCCCACACUUUUACCAAGCAGAUGAGAGGUUUGUUUCUGCCAUAGAUGGCAUGCAUCCAAAUAAAGAAGAUCAUGAGACAUUUGUGGACAUUAAUCCUAGUGUUUUAAUUGAUAAAGAGACUGCGAGUCGACUCAAGUCUGUGAUUAACACUACUUUGAUUGUCACCAACAUACCCUACAUCAUCAUGGCGCUAGGUGUGUUCUUUGGCUUGGUCUUCACCUGGCUUGUGUGCAGAGGGCAACAGGGAUCCAUGGAUGAGGGAACGGCAGAUGAAAGAGCGCCCCUCAUACGAACCUAACUAUCAUCUGAGCUUGCUGAAGGGAGCGUGGGAGCUGUCCGGACUUGGACCAUAACGUGGGAGACCCUCUGCGUCCUCACAGGCGUGUUGCCUGUUGGAAGGAGGGAAAAGGCACAGCGCUGGCAAGUGAUGAGGGCGUCCCAGCCAGAGGUUAAAGAGCAGGCUGACAUGGCUGGCUGUUAUGCUUUAUAAAAUCAUGUGGUCUCUGAAACUGUUUUUCAUGUUUAUUUAAUAAACACUUGUAUAGUAAUUUUUUUUGUUGGGUGCUGGUAGCUCCAAAAUUUUGACCACUGUUGUAGGUAUAAUGUCUCUGCAUUACUUGUUAAUGUUACUUGGUCUUUUAUUCAGUAUGCUUCUUUCACUGAAUUUUGUGCUCGAAAUACACAGAUAUAUUUUAUGUUGUAUUCCUCCAUUUCACUUCCAAAACAGAAGUAAAUAAGAGUUUGGAACCCAGGGGAGAAUGGUAUCCUCAUUCAAUACAUUAUUCCAAUGCAGCUGAUUUCCUCUUUUAAAACAUUGCAUAUUGCAUUUUAAGCUAAUCUUCAGUUCAUUUUCCUUUAGGAAAAUAACUCAGACUUCCGACUACUUUUAUACUACGUAGGGAUCAAGCAAGGAGGGGAUUGGGUGGGGUGGUACCCUUAAGUUGAUAGUGAUAAGCUCCUAAUGAUUUUUAACUUGUAUUUUGUGAACCAGGAGAACGUAUAAAUAAUGUUGGUGAGGAUAAGUUCAGAUAUUCCAUAUAGAGUAGAACUAAAUGCUAGUUAUGACACUUGUUGUUAGUUAAGUGUUAUUUUUUAGUGAAAAUGAUCUUGAUGUGAAAAGAUGCUUCUGGGAGAGUGUAAUCAGUAACUGAUUUUUUCCCCCAGUCACCUCUGCCAAGUAUGAUUCUGUAUUAAUUACAAUACCAUCGAGUGAUUAUUUGUAAAAUUAUGAAUAUAGGAAAUUAUCCAUCCACAGUCUAGGUUACACAUAAAGUUCAGGCAGAUUGACUACAGUAAAGAGACAUUUCUUCUGGAGCAGUUUCCUUGUUAACUUUGAAAUAUUUUUAUAAGUUCUUUCCUCAGAUCCAGUUCCUUUCAGCCUUUGGUGGCUCACUGUCACUUCCUGAAAAAUAGAGAAAAAUUUGCUUUACAUUUUCUGUAACAAUCAUUUUGCUGACAGAUGGACGGGUGUUUAAAGUAUUGGACAGAAAGUGCUUUUAAAGAAAGGUCCCCUGAUGCCAGAAGCUGAACCACCUCUCUUUAAAAGACUUCUUGGCUUUCAGUGUAAUGUAAGUUAGAGGAUUGGGAACUAUUGAAUGUCACAGUGUUCAGAAUUCAAUAUAUUUAAGGGCAUUUUCUUUGAUUCUCUCAUUCAUUUUUAAUUGAGAAGGCUAUAUAGCUAUCUGUCAAAGUGCUUAUAGAAUACUGAAUCAUUCUAAGAAAUUUUUUGUACAAAACUGAAUUUCAGUGUAAGCAAAUGAAGAAAAAAAAUCAUGGCUUCCACUUACAUAGCUUCUGAUCCCUGUAUGGAGGUGAUAAAUUGCCUUAAUUUACAUGCCCCAAUUCUCUCUUUCUACACUAAAGCAAUAUAUGGUGUGUUUAUCUUCUUGAAGGAACAAUUCAUUAAGCUCUCAACUUUUCUAUAAAUUGAGAUAGAACCUUUACAUACCCUGAAUCAGCAAAAUGUAAAAAACAAAAUAAAAAAUAUUUGGUCUUCAAUAACGCUAAAUAUUUAAAUUUUGGGAAUUUAUUAAUACUUAACAUCGUAUUCUUUAUGCAUCUACUUAUUCACACUAAUAAAAUUGAUAAGCCAGUGUGUACUCAUUGGUUCAGUCCUAUUAUCAGGAUAUAUCAUCUAUGAGGAGGAAAUUUUUAUAUACGGCAAGUGGUAGCAGUUAAUGAUGGAUACACAUUUAGACUGAAUCCCACACAGGCAGGGAGACAAAACAUAUUAAUUCCAUAUUUAUGUCAUGAUUCUUAAUAGGUGGCUUGCUUAAAAUCACAUUUGAUAUUUUCCUUCCGAAGUCUGUGGUAAAUCCGUAAACUGCAGUCACAAUUAGAAUAGACUGGUUGAGAAGAAUGAAUGUCCCUAUGGGGUUUUGGGUUGAAAAUAAACUUUUCCUCACGCUCAUUCUCUUGCAGCUAUUAUCUUGGAAAGACCCCCAGAGGUUUUGUGAUUGUCAGCAGUGUCACGAUCACAGAAUGCAGGCACCAUGAUACUCAAAGGGGGAGAAACCAAGAGAGUGCUUAACUCACCUCUCUCAGGGAAAAUUGGGAGUUGAGCACAGUACAGGAAAUGGGCUUUGCCACUUUUAGUUCCAGGCUUUUCUCAGUAGAUUUUAUAUCCUUGUGUUCUAGAAAGAUCACUAAUGGUCGAGUAGAACAAGUUCUACACAACUAACCCCUAUUGGGGUUUUUACUUAAGGGAGGCUAAUUUUUAAUUUAAAUUGCUCGAGAUAUGCAUUCUACAAAAGUAAGUCUCAUACUUGGCCCUCUGGCCAUUAUUACUAGAGUAAAUUGCUUGUGCUUAUUAAAGGGAAUACUGAACAGAAAGCUCUUCAUGUAGCUUAUACAGUUGGUGCAUUUCAUGUGAUUCUUGACAUGUUUACUUCCACCCUUAAUGCAAUGAAAUGUUUCACUAAUAAAAAAAACUUUAUAUAAAA